AUGGGUGAGCAACAGCUUGAUUGUGCCUUGGAUUUGAUGCGCCGCCUUCCGCCCCAGGAAUGCACUAAAAAUUUGACUGAUUUGGUCGAAUUGUGCCCCGAUCUCGUCGAUGACUUGCUAGGAACGAUCGAUCAACCAUUGAAGCUUGCCACUGAUCGUGAAACUGGCAAGAAAUAUCUUUUGUGCGACUAUAAUCGCGAUGGUGAUAGUUAUAGAUCUCCGUGGAGCAACACAUAUGAUCCUCCACUUGAGGAUGGCCAAUUCCCAUCUGAGAAAAGAAGAAAGAUGGAGAUUGAAGCUAAUCUUGCUUUUGAAAGCUACAAAGAUUUGUAUUUCGAAGGUGGAUAUUCGUCGGUCUACUUCUGGGAUUUGGAAAAUGGCGGUUUUGCUGGAAUCGUUUUAUUGAAGAAACUUUCGGAUAAAAACGAGAAAAUCCAAGGAUGUUGGGACUCGAUUCAUGUCAUCGAAAUAAGCGAGAGAGCUCGCCAGGCUCACUACAAGCUCACUUCGACUAUCAUGUUGUGGGUGAAGACUUUCAGUCCGGCUAGUGGAACGAUGAACUUGGGAGGAUCUCUUACCAGACAACACGAGCUCGAUGCUCCAGUCAACGAUCAAAACCCACACUUAUCAAAUAUCGGAAAAAUGAUUGAGGAUCAGGAAUCGAAAAUGCGUAACACCAUCAAUGAGGUCUAUUUCGCCAAGACGAAGCGGGUGAUGUCGGACUUGCGCUCACGCGAAAAGCAGAAGGAUAUCGAAAAGCAAGAGGAGAUGGUCCGCGAAAUUUCGAACGCGGUCGUUUCCCGCGCCACCAACUAA